AUGCGGAGCAUCCGCCGCGAGCUCCAGCGCAGGAGGUCCAAGCCCUUGGCGCCCGCGAGGUCGGUCGCCAAGAAGCCGUCCGUGUCACCGCCGCCGCGUCACGGUUCGAGCUACGCCGUCAGGGGUCCAUGCCCUCGUCUACCGCGCCAGGAGGUACCAUCGUCGACGAUCUCCCAUUCCCGAGGCUCCACCGUCACCGACGCGUCACCACAGCCCCGGUCACGCUCUUCGUCGCGCUGCACCCGCGCCUCUCCGCCGCCGCCGCUGCUUCGGUCCGACCCCUCCGCCGCCGGGUCUGCGUUCCAAGCUACUCCCCGCGUCCCAGCACAGCUGAAGCCUGGGACGGUGGUUCGUGUCCGCACGAGGACUGCGAAGCUGAAGACGGGGCAGGUUCUCGUGCUCUGCCUCAAAGCCACGAUCGUGUCGUCGUCCACCGACGGAGGCUACGAGGUUGUCUACGACGCCAACUUGCCACGCGGCGAUCCCAAGAGCACCGUCCACGUCGCGCCGCACCAGGUCAGGGUGAUCGAUCCGUCUCCGUCGCCCACAACUCUACCGCCGUCCCUGCCUCCGCCCACCGCCACUGUCGCCGCGACUACGAAGAAGGAGAUGCCGAGGCCAACCACGGCAGGGAAGAGCCUGCGCCUCAUCCGCAGGCUCUUUCCGGAGAUGGAGCUUCCGGUCCGGGCUUGA